AUGUAUGUCUCUAAUAAAAUACAACUAAAUCCCUUUACACUUGAUGCUAACCUUCAUAAUUCAGAUAUGCUAUUAAAAUUCAAUUCUCUCAACUCUAACAUUCUUGCUAGAAAUCCCAUUUUAAAGUAUCAUCUCUAAUUUAUUUAAAUAAGACUCGAAAAUUAAAAACUCUUCUCUGAUCCUACCAUUCUAGGCAGAUAUAAAAAUUAUCGUGGAGCAUCCUCAGAAAUUGCUUAAUAUAUCAAAAAUCUUGAUCCCAUUGUUAGAGCAGCAUUUAUUAUUGAAAAAUCACCCAAUAAUGUUGUAUUUCACUCCUCUCGCAAUUCUAAACCCAAAGAAAAUCUUAAAUAUAGGAUUGAUAAAAUGAACAAUUUUCAAAAAGACGAUACUGAUAAAAAAUAUUACAAUCAACAAAGACGAAGUUGUAGUCCAAGAUUAAAGUUACCUGCUGUCUCAAGAUAUUAUAGAAACCCUCCCAAAAUCUAAAUCUAUCCAUUUGAAUCCAAAACUAUUGAAAUAGAAAACACAAUGUCUCAUUCUCUACAUUACCCUUGA